AUGGCGGCACUCCAGGGGUUGGUGCGGCGGGCCGCUUCCGCGGCCUCAGCGCGGCUGCGCACGCCCAUGGAGGCGAUCACGCUCAGAUGCAACGCAUCCGUCGCGCAGGAUCGCUCAGACGACUCAGGCGUCGGAGGAGGGGUCGAGAACAUCACGUCGGUGCCGAACCCCUUUCUGUCGGAGGCGGAGGAGGUCCAGGGGCCCUACCUCCUGCCCGUGCGCCUGCGCCCGCCUGAGGACGUCGGGAAGCGCCGUGCGGAGCGCCUGCGGAAAGCUGGCCGCGUUACCGGCGCGCUGCAGUGCCUGCCGCCUGCGCCCGGGGAAACGCAGACGCGAACGGUCCACCUCGACUUCGAGCUCUCCAAGUGGCAGCGUCUCGCCGCCAGCUUCGACCGCGACGGCGUCCGCGCGGUGCCCAUCCACCUCGUUUUCGAGAAUUGGCGCCUGCCUUCCUCGGGGCAACAGGACGACGCCCCGCCGUUCGCGCCCCGGGCCGUGGUGGACGAGAUCAACGUCCGCAGUUACCAGAGGGCUUACAUCGAGAACGUCAACUUCCGUUUCGCGCCCCGGGACGGCACCCGGGUCCGCGUGCAAGUGCCCCUGUACGUCACCGGGCACGACGCGUGCCCCGCGAUCGCGUCCGAGGGCUUCGACGCGGCCGUCCAGGUCCUCUGGCGCGUCGUCUGCUGGUGCCACGGCGACAAGAUCCCCAAGAACGUCACCGUCAGCCUCCAGGGCCGCAACAUCGGGCAGCCCAUUCGCCUCGCUGACGUGCAGGCCCAGCUUCCGGAGGGGGUUGAGAUGUGCAAGAAGACGUACCGCGACAUGAGUCAGCCAGCGGUGCUGGUGCCCAUGCCGCGGCGUCUCUCGGCGUACGAGAUGGAGAACGAGGAGCUCGCCGCUGCGGCUUCCAAGGAACUGCGAUGA